UGAUUAUGACGAAAAGGUGGUGAGGAAUUAUUGUCAAAAAUAUUCUUUGCCCUGCGAGGUUUACCAAGUAAAAGGCUCCGAAUACAAUUCCAUUAGCAAUUUUCAAGACCGAGCCCGCAAAAUCCGCUAUGACUUUUUGCAAAAGUUAGCCGAUAAAUACCAAACUAAAUAUAUAGUAAUAGCCCACCAUUUAGACGACCAUUUGGAAACCUACUUGCUACAAAAACAAAGAAAAUCAUUAGUUGAAUAUUGA